UGAUGAUUCAGAUGUCAGAUGAUGUGUAUAAAAACCGGUGUUGUUUAUUUAAAUCUGUUUGUUUAUAUUCUUUCUCAUAGAUAAAUAAAAGGUUCAUUCUGUUAUUUAAAGUUGAGUGAUAAUAUUGAAUUUUUGAUUGAAGGCAAGGCAACCAAAGAUGAAAUUACAUAUUUUAUCUAUAUUAACUUUGGCUUCAUCAUGCCUAACAAUACAACUGCCACAACCACAUCCUUUAUCAGAUGAAUUCAUCAACUCUAUCAAUUCAGCUCAAUCGACAUGGACAGCAGGUCGUAACUUUGCAGAAAAUAUUCCUCUUUCUUAUAUUAAAAAAUUAAUGGGAGUUCUUCCGGAUCAUCAAAAUUACAUGCCUCCAGUUUUGAUACACAGUCUAGAAGGUGUUCAAUUACCAACAGAUUUCGACGCACGUCAACAGUGGCCAAAUUGCCCAACAAUUCAGGAGAUAAGAGACCAAGGGUCAUGCGGUUCAUGUUGGGCAUUUGGAGCAGUAGAAGCCAUGUCAGACAGAAUAUGUAUCCAUUCAAAUGGAAAAGUUCAUUUCCACGUAUCAUCUGAUGAUUUGGUGUCCUGUUGUUGGACGUGCGGUAUGGGUUGUAACGGCGGCUUUCCCGGUGCUGCAUGGCAUUAUUGGGUCAGAAAAGGUUUAGUCUCUGGAGGACAGUACGGAACUAAUCAAGGCUGCCGACCUUACGAAAUCCCUCCCUGCGAGCAUCACGUAAACGGCACGCGCCCCCCUUGCAACGGCGAUGACGGAAAAACACCGAAAUGCACUAAACAGUGCGAAAGUUCUUACACCAUUCCUUAUGCUAAAGACAAGAAUUUCGGAGCCAAAGCGUAUUCUAUUAGCAGCGAUGUCAACCAAAUUCAAACGGAAAUCCAGAAAAAUGGACCGGUAGAGGGAGCUUUUACCGUAUAUGCCGAUUUCGUUAAUUACAAAUCUGGAGUCUACCAACACGUAGAAGGAGAAGUCUUAGGAGGACACGCCAUUCGUAUUCUUGGUUGGGGUGAACAGAAUGGUACGCCUUACUGGUUGGUUGCCAAUUCCUGGAAUAGAGACUGGGGUGAUCAUGGAACUUUCAAAAUUCUUAGAGGAAAGGAUCAUUGUGGAAUCGAAAGUGGUGUCGUUGCUGGUAUACCUAAAUAAGCUAUUUUAAAAUACAAAUAACUAUUACUUUAUCAUCGUUAGUUUUGAAUCUUUAAAUGCUGAAUAUAAGUAUAUUAUUUUAUGUUGAAAUGUGAUUUUAGAGUUAAUUUUACUUUUUAAAAAAUAGAUUACAUUAAGUUGUUUCUUUUACUGUCUGUUGUCUCUGUAAUGUUUG